AUGGCUUCUCAGGAGCACUUGGACAAGAUGCAGUUACGACAGAACUAUAGAAAUUUUUGGCACACUGAUUUAAUGGGCACCAUUCAAGCUGAUGCCCCAUAUUGCUGCUUGGCUUGUUGGUGUGGGCCAUGUAUAUCAUACUUGCUCCGUAAACGAGCACUGUACAAUGACAUGUCAAGGUAUGUUUGUUGUGCUGGCUAUGUGCCUUGUAGUGGCAGGUGUGGUGAAAGUCGCUGCCCUGAAGUUUGUCUUGCCACAGAGGUAUUCCUUUGCUUUGUAAAUUCAGUGGCCUCUACUCGCUUUAUGUUGCAAGAUGAAUUCAACAUUCAGACAACACAGUGUGACAAUUGUAUUAUAGGUUUCAUGUUUUGCCUCCAACAAAUUGCAUGCAUAUUUUCUAUAGUUGCAAUGAUUGUUGGUAGUGAAGAAAUUCAACAGGCUUCUCAGUUGCUAUCUUGUUUGGCUAAUUUGGUGUACUGCACGGUUUGUGCUUGUAUGCAGACACAGCACAAGAUUGAAAUGGACAAAAGAGAUGGCAUGUUUGGGCCACAACCAGUGAUGGCAGUGCCCCCUGUUCAGCAGAUGUCACGCAUUGACCAGCCUAUUCCUCCUUCAGUUGGAUACCCACCUCAGGGAUAUGGACAGCCCUAUGGUUAUCCACCCCAGGCCCAAGGCUACCCUGCAGCAGGCUAUCCUCCAACUGCUUAUCCUCCAUCAAACUAUCCACCCCCUGGCUAUCCGCCAUCUGGAUAUCCAAAGUGA